AUGGAUGGAAAGCGAAUUUUACCUGCCUUAGUAGAUAGAAAUAAAAGUAGUAGUCCAUUAGAGAAGAAUUUAGCUACCUUACCCAAGCAACAAUUAGAAGUUCAGGGUAUUACGCGACAAGUACUACCUGAUGUUAUUAAGAAAGCUGAGAAUAAUUCAAGUGUUUAUCGAACUACGUUAUUGAAAAAAGAUAAGGAAAGGAUUAGAAAUCUACGAAAUCGCAACGAUGAUGAAUCUAAAAUUAAGCAAAACGCGACAAAAACUCAGCAAGAAGAAAUACUUAGCAGUAAAGAGAGCGAAGUGGGUAUUGAUGGAAAAUCGCAAGAUUGUGAACCAAUCAAACCUAUUAAGAAAAAUGAUCAGAGGCGAAUUAAGUCUUUCCAACAAGAAAAUCAAGAGGAUAAUUUGUUAAAAAGGCCCAAAACAGAUGAUGUUUACGAGUAUCUGGUUUGGGAGCGUAAUCAAAUCGGCUUGAGUUCCGAUAUACAGCAAUUUCGAAGACAGCUGCAACUUAGCAAAUCUAAACAUACCGUCCUAGAAAUGGAUAAUAAAAAGAAUGAAGACCUAAAAUUUCUAUUUCGAAGGAAAGAUGGUGGACAAUUUGUCUAUGCUUUACCCCGUUCAGGAGAAGCUUGUAAUCCGUAUGAUUUGAAAAUUGUUAACGCUAGUUCAGUGUUAAAAUGUGCUAGCUAUUAUACCGCUAGUGCAAGUAAUAUAACUCUGAUUAAAUCUGGCGAAGAAGUAGAAUGCUUGCCUACACUGUUAUGGAUGCAUGAAAGAGACUUAUUUCAUCAAAUUUGUCGAAUUCCUUUCUUUACUAAAUUCAGGUUAUUUAAAUAUGUCUAUCAAUGGAAAAGAGUAAUUCGUUACGAAAAAUGCCAAAGAAUACGAUCUUACAUCAAGCAAGAUUUAUUUCUAACCCAGUAUACGUUGCAGCGAGCUGCCUUAACCAUUCGUUCAUGGUGCGAAGCUGCAUCGAGUAGUCUUGAUGGCCGUAGCAGCGAUGAUAGUGGUAUCGUAUUAGUAGUAGUAACUACAGAUAGAACGCUAUCAUUGAAUGAAUUUAUUCGUAUCCAAACUCAGCAACGACAUCUUGCAGAAGAAAAACUAAAAUUACUGUAUGAAAACGUUGUCCAAAUCGUUUCAUCUGUUUGUCAGGAAAUUUGUGAACAUGAAGGAAUUAAUUUGAAUUUUAAAUUUGAUGCAGAAAUUCGAUCCGGUUCAAGUCAACAGAAGAAGAAAUCCUUAGAUCAUGCAGCCAUAGUACGAUGGCGAGCUGUUUUAGAUCGUUUACGUAGCUUUCUCAAAUAUAUUGAUUACUUAAUACUUGAACUAUCGCGUCGAAUUGUUAUUGUUGCUAUGCGCCUACUGCUAGCUGAAUUUGUUGCAUGUGCUAAUGUAGACAGCGAUCAAAAAGAAUGGGCUGUCAAAUAUCUUAGCGAUAUGAGAAAGAAAACGAAAUGGAGAUCACGUUUAAUUAAAAAUGAGAACGAUCUAUUAUUAGGCACUGAAAAGCAUAAUGUUAUCAACGACGGCGCUAAGGCCUUACUUAAGCUGGAUUUAGUGAUUAUUUUACCUGAAAAAGAUGGUAAUAACGGAAGCUCAACUAAAGGAACAUCAUCACUGGCUCGUUCUAAAGGUAAAAGUAUUGAGAUGUCCUAUGGCAAACGGAAAAGUCUGGAAACAUCCCUCUACAAGCGUUCGAGUGUGGAUUAUUCACAGUAUCGUAAGAUCCACUCCAAUGAGUUAGCAUCACCACGUCGUCAACGGACAAGCAUCCAGCUCUCACCAAAUAAGCGAUCUAGUGGUGAAAUUGCUUCACACAGUAAACGAUCAAGUAUCGAGCUAAAUCAGUAUCCACGAACUAAUGUAGAACUGCUCCAACAGAAAAGGACAAGUGUGGAGUCGUUGCAAGGUACCAGGACUAACCGAUUAAAUGCUCCACGAAAGUCUAUCAUUGUAGGCAUGAAUGAUCAGCCAAGCAAUCAUAAAGGUCGCAAGAAAUCGGUAGCAUUUACUGCUGCGCCGGUUACAUAUCAAUAUCCUAAUCAGAUUAUUAUGGAACCGUUAGCAUUCGAUCAUUUAACUGAGGACGAAGAAGAUGUUACAGAUGGUUCUAUAAUAGCUUUUCAACCUGACAGACAAGAUUUUCGACAAAAAAUGCAGGAUAUUAUUGGGAACAUUGAAAAAUGCGUCCUCCAUCUCCCCUCCUUAUUAAAGCAAGCUUGUCUACAUAAAUAUUGGUCGACCGAAAAGUAUUACAUUAAAUUAUCUAUUGACAAAAAUGAAGGUCAAUCCGAUACUGAAAAACGAUACCCUUGGCCUGAUAUCCAUUUUAUUUUCGGCGAUGACAAUAUUUAUAAUGCGUCAUUGCGUAAAAUUUUUGUAUUACUAAAAGAAGCUAUUGAAGAUGUUGCCAUGUAUUGUAAGGAAUAUGAUCAUUUUUGUGAAAUGGUCGAUUCCUGUGGUCAAAUUGAUGUUAAUAAUUCCAUGGCGCAGCAUGAAUGGUCAACAGAUGAAUUUCAAGAGAUCUUACAACAGCAUACAGAACAGCCAGUUUUUGUAGCCCCUUGGCAAGAUAUCUAUUGCAACCAUGCUACAGCUUUUAUAGUUAGCGAUUAUACUGAGUUAGUAAUAACCUUACCUUCAGAAGUGGAUACUACUUUAUUUCGAAAUACGAUUCUGCCAUUUCCGGAAAAAAUUCUUAAAGAUAUUUAUCAACAUUUACCAACAAUUGCAAGCAAGAAGAACACCGAACUCAUAACAACAAUUAAGACUGCUUCCAAAAAAUUAGAUAAAUAUCCAGAAUCGGUAGAAGAAUUUGUCGAGCAUUUAUCAUUCUUAGCAUUGAUGCUACGACAAUUACCAUCUCUAGAAAAGGAAUUCACUGUGGUUACAAAGCUAUUUACCCUAAUUCGAGAUUUCGAUAUUGUCAUGGAAGGCGAAGAAUUAGCAUUGUACCAAACAUUAAUGCCGACGUUUACCCAUCUAAAAUCUGUCAUAAUACAAUGUGAAGCUAAACGAGAUGAAAACAUUCAAAAGUUCACCAAUGAUCUUGAAUAUUUGGUCGAUGAUUUAAAGCAACAACUCUAUGUCUUAAAACAGGAUAUUCGAGUAUCAUUAUUACUGGACGCUGAUACCAUUAGUAUUGUUGCAUUAGGAAAAAUUCACGAACUGACUGAUCGCGUUGAUGCUCUAGUUGAAAAGGCUCAUGACUAUUCUUCAUAUCAAGAUCAAUUUGGUGCAGCUCUAUCAGCUGCUACAAAGAGAAGAGCGUUACUUGAGCAAGGUAUCAUUGAUGGUAGUACUACCGUGAAUAGCGCGUUGUCAUUACAGAGUGAAAUUGGCGAAGUUCAACGUGAUUUAUCCCUUCGUCGCAUGCUUUGGGAAUCGAUGGAUGAGUGGGAUAAAUUAUAUGUUCAAUUAAUUAAGAGUGAACUCGAGUCUCUCGACGUUGAAGGACUGCAGAAAACUGUAAAUCGCUUUGCGCAAACUGUCUUUUUAUUAGACAAAGGUUUACCUGUCAAUAAUAUUUUACCGACUUUAAAAGAAAAAGUGUUACGAUUUCGGGAAGUCAUGCCGAUUAUAUCUAGUUUGAAAAAUGAAUCGCUAAAACAGCGGCAUUGGACUACUAUACAACGUAUUCUAGGACCACAAAUUAGAACGAAAGGGUUUACGCUUGGGGAGUUGCUUACACUACAGAUCAUGGAUCAUCGAGAUGAAAUUAUUGAUGUAUCAACCCAAGCCGUUAAUGAAAGCAUUCUUGAAUCUAUGUUACAUAAGAUGAUUGAUUCCUGGUUAAGUACCGAUUUUACAUUGGUUCCUCAUACGAAUGGGACUUUUAUUAUUGGUGCUGCCGAUGAUAUCUUUACUUUGUUAGAUGAAAGUCAAGUCACGUUGGCUACUAUUAAGGGUUCUCGAUAUGUCGAGCCUAUUAAGAAUACUAUGGAAGAGUGGGAUAAAAAAUUAGAUAUAUUUACUGAAACAUUUGAAGAAUGGUUAAUCUGUCAAAGGAAAUGGCUAUAUCUGGAAAAUAUUUUUGCAACCGCCGAUAUACAACGGCAAUUACCAGUUGAGAAUAAAUUGUUCUCCCAAGUUGAUAAGUCAUGGCGUGAUAUCAUGCGACAUACCCACGAAAGGCCAAAUGCAAUGAGAUCAGCAACAGCUGCGGGUGUACUAGAAAUACUUCAAGCUGGUCAUUCGCACUUGGAUAAGAUCUUUAAAUGUUUAGAGGAUUAUCUUGAAACGAAACGCCUUGUCUGUCCAAGAUUUUACUUUUUAAGUAAUGAAGAGUUGUUGGACGUUAUAUCCAAUUCCAAAAAUCCCAAAGCUAUUCAGCCUCACUUAUCGAAAUGCUUUAGCAACGUUAAGCAACUUAUGCUGGAUAAAGAAGCUGACAUUGGUUCAGUAUCAAUAAUCGCUAUGAUAUCUUCGGAAUACGAGACUGUUAAAUUGAUAAAGGAAUUGAACGAUGGUAUCAGGACUUGGAAUAAUCUUGAGAAAACAGCAUGGUUUGAGAAAAAUUUUGGCCAAAUUAUUCUCACUACUACACAAAUCAUGUUUUGCAAGCAUGUUACGUCAUCUUUACUGGAAAAAAACCAUGGAAAUUCCUUAAAGAAGAUUCGUGAAGAUUUGAUUAGUGAUUUAAACAGACAAGCCGACUUAGCUCAUCGACCCUUGCCUUUACACAAAUAUGAGAGUUUGGUUGCGUUGAUGACAAUUAGCGUGCAUAAUCGUGAUAUUGUUGCUAAAUUAAUCGACUCUGAAGUGAGUAACCCUGAUGAUUUCGAGUGGGAUAGACAACUACGCUACGAAUGGGAUGAUCUUAAUAAAUCAUGCGAUGUGAACCAGUCUGGUAGUCAUUUCGAAUAUGGAUAUGAAUAUUUAGGAUGCUCUAGCCGGCUUGUCAUUACCCCACUAACAGAUAGAUGUUAUCUAACGUUGACGGGAGCUUUAAAACUAAAUCUCGGUGGAUCUCCUGCUGGACCAGCAGGUACUGGCAAAACGGAGACGAUUAAAGACUUAGCCAAGGCAAUGGGAAAGUACUGUGUUGCGUUCAACUGCUCCGAAGGUGUUGAUUUUAAAGUCAUCGGAAAAUUUUUAUCCGGAUUAGCGCAGUCAGGUUCUUGGUGCUGCUUUGAUGAAUUUAAUAGAAUCGACGUGGAAGUAUUAUCUGUUGUAGCGCAGCAAAUGCACACCAUUAAAUCGGCUAAAGAUAGAAUGGCUACUAGAUUCGUUUUUGAAGGGUAUGACAUCAAACUUAUAAAAUCUUGUGGCGUAUUCAUAACUAUGAAUCCAGGCUACGCGGGGAGGGUUGAAUUGCCAGACAAUGUCAAGUCUCUAUUUCGUCCUGUAGCGAUGAUGAUACCUGAUUAUGCUAUGAUCGCAGAAAUUAUACUAUUUGCUGGUGGCUUUACGGAGGCCGCAGCAUUAUCGUAUAAAAUAGUUAAUUUAUACCAACUAGCCAGCAAGCAAUUAUCACAACAGGAUCAUUAUGAUUUCGGGUUAAGAGCUAUAAAGUCUGUUUUAGUUACUGCUGCACAGCUGAAGAGAAGCUGCAAGCACGAAGAAAAUAUAUCUCGGAAGCAACAUGAAUUAGAAAUUCUUGCUCAAGCCAUUCAAAAUGCCAAUCUUCCUAAAUUUAUAGUUGAUGACAUUGUCAUCUUUGAAAGGAUCAUGGAUGAUGUCUUUCCUAAUAUUAGGUCUAUUACGUUGACAGAUCGCGCUUUACAGUAUGGCAUAUGUGUUGCUAUGAGGGAAGAUUUUCUAGUUCAAGACAUAGGCCAAAUAAGAAAAAUAUCGCAGUUGUAUGAAACACUUUUAGUACGCCAUGGUGUCAUGAUUAUUGGACCUACUGGCGGUGGCAAAUCGGUAGCGUAUACUAUAUUAGCGAAGGCGUUAUUUUAUCUUCCUAUCAUUCGUCGCUAUCUAGAAGAGAAUGGCAAAAUUGAUGACGAAGAAGUUGCGGCAGAGAUCGAGGGGGGUACUUUUGGUAGGCGACCUAAUGUUCAAAUAACGCGUCUAAAUCCGAAAUGCGUUAGCCUUGGCGAAUUGUAUGGUGCAAUUGAUGAUAACACUAUGGAAUGGACUGAUGGCAUUUUAGCUCACAUUACUCGCCGAUAUGCAAAAGAAGCAGCUCCUGCGGAUCCAGUCAUUUAUGGAAUAUCACCAGGUGUGAUAACAAGGAUGAAUUCUCCACAUGAUGAACCAGACACUACAGCUGAAGAUGAUGUAGAAAAUCAGACUAAUUCAUCGCAAGAAGAAGAAGAAGAGACAGAAAAUGAUGAACAGCCUAUUAUUGAAGAAAAUGAGCAAGUUGAAGUCGAGGCAAAUGUUGAACCGAUAGAAUUUAAAAUGUGGCGAUGGAUUGUAUUAGAUGGUCCUGUAGAUCCUUUAUGGAUUGAAAAUCUUAACACAGUUUUGGAUGAUACGAAAAUGUUAUGCUUGGCAAAUGGAGAAAGAAUUGGACUAAGUGAUGGAAUGAGACUGUUAUUUGAAGCAAGCGAUUUAAAACAGGCUUCUCCGGCUACAGUCAGCCGAUGCGGUAUGGUUUAUAUGGACCCUAAGGAGCUAGGAUGGAGACCUUAUGUGCGGCAUUGGAUAGGAACAGUUCCCAAGGCUCUUCCAGAUAUGGCCAGCGAUCUAAUAUUACAAUUAUUUGAUGCAUCUGUCGACCGUGGAUUUGCUUUCUUGGAUAUCUAUUCCAAAUAUCAAUACCUUAAAGUACCACUUUUAAGCGUUAUUUCUACGCUGUGUAGCAUUAUCCAAAUAUUUCUAGUGUAUCUGGAUACUCAUGGGGGGUUUGGCCACCGUUCUAGCUCUGCCGAAGAUGAAGCUACCGCCAUUGGGAGUGUAUCAUCGUUAGAUACUAUUAAUAAUUACAGCAGCUAUAGUCGAUUAUCAACUGCUCGCCCCGGUAGUAUCACUCAAUUGCGAGCUAAAACAUUACUCUCUAAAAUACAACAUCAGUCUUUUCUGCAAAGGCAACCGGGUAUGCUUCUACCUUUAAUGGGCAAAAUAUACGUUUUUGCCUUUACUUGGGCUUUCGGUGGAUCGCUUGAAGGCGAAUGUGAUUAUGAUGAUGAUCCUGACGCAGAAAGUUACGACAUUGACCGUACUGUUAAUGCUAGAGUUGCAUUUAAUGCAUUUGUUCACGAGCUAUUUAAUCUUGAGCCGCCGCUAGCAGUACAACUUCCAAAUUCUAAGCACUCUAUUUUUUCAUAUUAUAUUGAUAUGCAAACUGGUAAUUUUACGUCUUUUGAUACAUUAAUUUCCCCAACGAAAGAAAUUGUGAACCGUUAUGAUGAAACAAAUCAUUCGGAUCGAUUAAAGCAUAUACUAGACAAUGUUUCUAGCAAUAUAUCCAAAUAUACUCAAAUUUUACCUGCUUUAAACAAUCGCAAGUUAAUACCUACCAUCGAUACAGUUCGAUAUUCGUUUCUUAUGGCCCUGUUACUUUGCCAAGGAAGACAUGUUCUAGUAACAGGGGAGUCUGGAAUUGGUAAAUCUGCUUUAGUAAAAGAUACACUGAAAUGCUUAGAGAAACAACACGGAACAGGUUUUGGGAAAGAUACCAUUUUAGGAAAAAUAUUCAAUAAGGCCAGAGCCACAGGGGAUAAUCCUUGGGGUGGUAAAUCUAAGGGUGUUCAAAGCGAAGAAAAAGAUCUUUAUAGCACAGAAAUGGCCUCCGCUGCAAUACAAUUUGCUGCCAAUACGACAGCGUCCAAAGCUAGACAGCAAUUACAAAGCGUUCUCGUAAAACGUGGUAAAAAUAUUUUAGGUGCUCCUGGUAAUAAAAAGAUGACAAUAUUCGUAGACGACAUUAAUUUACCGCAACGAGAUCAGUUUCAUUCUCAGCCCGCCUUGGAAGUAUUACGUCAAAAUAUUGACAGUGGUGGAUUUUAUGACGUUAAAAGCUACUCAUGGAAGACUAUCUAUGAUGUCGCAUUCGUUGCUGCAUGUGCACCGCCCGAAGGCAGCCGAAGUCAACUCAAUGAGAGAAUUUUACGCCAUUUUUGCGUAUUAUGUAUAUCCAAGCCUUCCGAUAAGUCAUUACGGCAUAUUUUCCAGUCUCAGUUAGGACAAUUUUUAACUAAAAAUGAGUUUACUGCGGAAGUGAGAGAUUGUAUGGCACCACUUGUCUCAUCAGCCAUUGCUAUUUAUCGUAAAAUUGACAAAGUGAUGCUUCCUACUCCAUCAAAGCCACACUAUACCUUCAAUGUUAGAAAUCUUGCUCAGGUUAUUCAAGGACUUACUCAAGCCGAUCCUUUAUCGAUCGUAACAAAGCAAAAUUAUAUCGAUUUACUCAUUCAUGAAGUCAGUCGUGUGUUCUAUGAUCGCUUAGUGGAUCAAGACGACCGGAAGCAAUUUUAUAAAAUUGUUUCAAACAGUUUACAUGAUUAUUUCAAGGCCAGUGUUGAAGGGAAUCAAUUACAAAGGAACACGCUUGUAUUUUGUGAUUUCAGCGAUGAAAAGUCUCAUUCAUUAGACAGAGUUUAUAAACCAGUGAGCGAUUUUCGGUCGUUGACUGAUAUUCUGGUGGACUUUAACAAUCGAUACAAAAAUUCUACCGGAAAGGAAAAUCAAAUUAUAUUUUUUAACGAGUGUAUUCAACAUAUUGUGCGUGCUGCUCGAGUGUUUAGGCAACCUGGAGGGAAUAUGCUUCUGGUUGGAAUCGGUGGCACAGGAAAACAAGUAGUGGCUGAACUUGCAGCCUACAUUGCACAGUGCCAGAUACAUUAUCUUAAUGUCAUUAGAGGAUACGGAAUGACAGAAUUUCACGAAGAUCUCCGCAGCCUAUUUUUACGAGCAGGGGUAGAUGGCGUUAAAUGUGUUUUUAUUUUGAAAGAUGAACAUAUCGUUAAGAGAGUGCAGGAAAAUCUACAUAUUGCCUUUUGUACUAGUCCAACUGGUAAACAAUUUCGCAAGCGAUGCCGAACUUACUCAGCUUUAGUCAACUGUUGCACAAUUGACUGGUACGAUGAAUGGCCGGCAAAUGCCUUACAUUCAGUGGCUACAAAGUACUUAUAUAACCUAGAUAUCCCAUUACCCAAAAGUAAAGAUAAUGCGAAAAGCAAGAGUAAUAAAUUGACCAAUUUACAGAAUUACUGUAUUAGCUUGGCUGAUGCUUGUGUCGCUUUCUUCAUGAGCUCAAAAGAAAUGGCAACAAAGAUGGCUGAUGAAAUUAAACGACAUUACUACUUAACACCAACUAAUUAUUUAGAUUCAAUGCAUUUAUUUGCUAAAAUGUUGAGUGAUCAGCAGCAAAAGAUUGCUAGAAAUAAGGAGAGGUUAAAAAGUGGUCUAAGUAAGUUACAACAAGCUGAAACAUUUGUUAUCAGUAUUAAAGACGAACUGGUUAAACUUGGUCCGUUAAUCGAAUUAAAAGCUCAGGAAAAUGAGAAAUUGAUGACUGAAUUAAAAAAUGAAGAAACAGAAGUAGAGAAAAUGAAGACCUUGAUAGAAACGGAAGAAGCUUUAACAGCACAAGAAGCUCGUGAAGUAGAACAGAUUACUAAGGAUGCGGAAUUGGAUUUAAACAAAGCUCUACCAGCAUUGGAUGCUGCUAAUUCUGCUUUGAAUGCAUUAGAUAAAUCCGAUAUUGCUGAAAUUCGGGUUUAUACUAACCCUCCAGAUUUGGUUAUGACUGUAAUGGCUGCUGUGUGUACACUUCUCCAGGAGAAGGCCGAUUGGGUUACCGCUAAGCAGCUUUUAACGGAUACUACUUUUCUUGUUAAACUGAUCACAUUUGAUAAAUCUAGCUUGUCGGAUAGGAAUUUAGCAAGAUUACAUAAGUACACUAGUCAAGCCGACUUUACUCCGGAAAAAGUUGGUCAAGUAUCUGUGGCUUGUAAAUCAAUGUGCCAGUGGGUUUUAGCAGUACAACAUUAUGCAGAAGUUUAUAAAAUUGUAAAGCCGAAGAUGAAUCGUUAUGAAACACUUAAAAAUGAACUAGAGCUAGCUAGGGACAAUCUAGAUCGUAAACAGCAGAAAUUGCGAGAAAUAGAAAAGCACUUGAAAGAUCUGCAAAAACGUUAUAAGAAAAGUGUAGCUGAUCAUGAAUAUUUAUGGCAACAUAAGGAACUGUCUACGUUAAGGCAAUAUAGAGCGACAUUGCUAACAAAGUCAUUAUCUGGAGAAAAGGAUCGCUGGUCUGACGCAAUUGAUGAAUUAGAUAUACAUCUAGAAACCAUUGUUGGUGAUUCCCUUCUCUCCGCUGCCUACUCUACUUAUGCAGGGGCUUUUACAGUAGAUUACCGAAAGCAAUUAAUCUCAGAUUGGGUUGGGAAAUGUAGCCAAGAAGAAAUUCCCAUCGCAAAAAACUAUUCCUUCAUAUCACAUCUGUCAUCUAAUCUGGAUAUGCAAGGUUGGCAUGCUCUUGGAUUGCCGAAGAAUGAUCAUUCACGUCAAAAUGCUGUUAUAGUUAUGAAUUGUUAUAAAUGGCCACUUAUGAUUGAUCCACAAGGCCAAGCAAGACUUUGGAUUCGAAGGAUGGAAGGUGAACGAUUAAAAUUAGUUAAAUCUACGGACGUAAAUUACAUGAGAACUUUAGAAAAUGCUAUUCGAGUUGGGGAACCCGUACUCUUGGAGGGCAUUGAUGACACCUUGGAUCCCUCUCUUCGUCCUAUUUUGCUGAAGCAUUUAGAAAAUAGGGGUGGGCAGGCUGUUAUCCAAAUUGGAGAUACAGAGUUGGCGUAUAACUCUAAUUUUAGGCUUUAUUUGACAACACAAUUGGCUAAUCCUAUUUAUUUACCCGAGACUUGUGCUAAAGUGACGGUAGUCAACUUUUCAACAACUUUUGAUGGAUUAAGAGAUCAACUGCUAUCGAUUGUAGUUCAAAAGGAAAAGCCGCAGCUUGAAAUACAGCGUCAAAACCUAUUAGAGAGUAUUGCAAGCGACAAAGUAAAACUGCGUGAUAUCGAAGAUAAAGUACUUACUUCCUUGCAGGAUUCUGAGGGCAACAUACUAGACGAUGAAAAUUUAGUGACAUCGUUGGAGGAAAGCAAGAAGACGUCUGCUGUUAUUAAAGAGCGAGUAUCACAGUCUGAAAGCACUCAGAGAAAAAUCGAUGUCAAUAGAAAUAAAUUUUUUCCGAUUGCUACGAGGGGCGCUAUCAUCUAUUUUGCUUUGCAAGAUUUGGCAUUUAUAAAUCAUAUGUAUCAAUUUUCUUUGGCUUGGUUUACCAAUCUAUUCUCUGACUGUAUCUCUAAUAUUAAAAAUAAACGGCCAGCCUCAUCGCCUGCAUCAACUCAAAGGAGAGCUAGCUCUAGGAGAAUUCUAAAUAUUCAAGCAGAAAUCCAUAGUAGUACGCCAACAAAUGAUGGAUACAAUGUGGUGAAGGAAGAAGAAAAACCCGAGGAAAAAUUUGAGACAUAUAUAAGGAACUCAAUGUAUAAAAUUACUAUGGCUGUCUAUCGAUUGGUCUCGCAAGGAUUAUUUUCUCGCCAUCAGUUAACCUUUUCCUUUAUUUUAACUACACGCAUCCUUGCUUCUAAUCAUGGUGGUGAUCAGUUGCAGGAUAAAAGUGAAUUAAUAACUGAAAUGGAGUGGAAUACCUUUUUACAUGGCGCACAUUACGCCACUAAGGAUACCCAUUUAUUUGAAGAAAAAAAGCGAAAUCCACUCAGCCAUAGUGAUUCAAAGCAGCUAUCGUUUCAUACUGGACAUUUUAGCCCAUCUCCAGUUAGGUGGAUUACAGAUUCUGCAUGGCAUGAAUGUCGCGAGUUAGCCAAGAGAAUGAUAGAAUUCCAUGGUCUUACCGAUCACAUAUUGAAUAAUAAAGGAUUUUGGGAAGCAUUUUCGAAAUCUGAAAUUCCAUAUUUUAAACUCAAAGGCAAUGUUACGGAAAUGUCUAAUGAGCAAUCAGAAACCAAUGAUACCAGUAGUACAGUUAGCGAAGAUAGUAGUGAUAUCUCCAAGGAAGAAAAUCCGUUUCAAGUCAGCAAUUUAUCUUGUUUCCAUCGAUUGAUUUUGAUUAAAGUUCUAAGACCAGAUGUUUUAAGUCUUUCAAUUUGGUAUUAUAUCGAAGAAUCAAUGGGCAAUAGUUUAAUAUCUGCUGGUGGUUUUGACAUAAAAGAAAUCUAUAAGCAAUCAAACUGUAAAACACCAUUAAUUUUUUUACUUUCGCCAGGCAGCGAUCCCAUUUCCAUAUUGGAGAGAUUUGCUAGAGACAAGUUUGGUUCUAUUACCAAUAUUGAUAUCGUAUCAUUAGGUCGUGGCCAAGGUCCUAGAGCUGUCGAAUUAAUAAAUAAAGCCUGCUCCCAGCAGAAUGGACGAUGGGUUUUACUACAAAAUUGUCAUCUUGCAGAAUCUUUCAUGCCAGAGUUACGCCGAAUUGUUGAUGAGAUUGUAUCGGGUAGUGACACAAUUGAUCCCUACUUUCGACUUUGGCUAAGCUCCAAGCCUGAUCCAUUCUUUCCAGUUGAUAUCUUGCAAGCCGGGUUGAAAAUCAGUGUUGAACCACCGCAAGGUCUGAAAGCUAAUUUGCUGCAGUCAUUUAACAGUGGCUUAAUUUAUGAGGAGUCAUUCGAAGAUCACCAUACUGGACCUGCUUGGAAAAAAGUUCUCUUUGGAUUGUGCUUCUUUAAUGCAGUUGUUCUUGAAAGGAAGAAAUAUGGACCACUGGGAUGGAAUAUUCCUUACGAAUUUAGCACUUCUGAUUUAGAGGUUUCUAUUCAGUUAUUGCGAAUGUUGCUAUCAGAGGAAGAUACACCUUGGGAUAAAAUUCAUUACUUAAUUGGAGAGUUGGCUUAUGGAGGGCGCGUAACUGAUGAGUGGGAUAGAAGAUGCUUGAGAGGGAUUUUAACGAAAUUUUGCGGAAGAGACUGUGUUACAGAUCAUUAUUCUUAUACAUCAAACCAGGUUUAUCGACCUAUUCGGACAGAUGCUAGCUUCACAGAAUGUAUUGAAUAUAUAGAAAGUUUGCCACCAACAGAUUCGUCAGAGGUAUUUGGGAUGCAUCAAACUGCUGAGAAAACUUUCUUGUUAACUCAAGGUAAAUUGAUUGUGGAGGUAUUGCAAGCUAUUGACUCACAUGGGCAGAAAAUAGCUGGGUAUGAUCAAGGUAGCGAUGGAAUAGUUCUACAAAUCCUUGAAGAAAUGCAGAGUACGAUACCAUUAGAAAUCAAUUUAGUCAUAACUCAAAAUCAAACGAAAUAUGGUUUGCCAACUGCAGCUAUUGGUGCGGCACAUGAUGACCUGGCAGUACUAGCAGAACAGCGUUUAUUUUAUCAACCUUUCCAACAAGAAUUUACACCUUACACAGCUUUAGAUACUGCUUUAAAACUGGAAUGUGUGCGUUUCAAUAGGUUAUUGCACAAGGUUCAUCAAACAUUAAAGGCACUCAAACUAGGUAUAGAAGGGCGAGUAAUUAUGUCAGAAGAAUUAGAGCAGACAUAUGUUGCACUCUUGAGAAAUCGGGUUCCUAAAUUAUGGAUGGCUGUUUGUUACGAAUCAAGUAGACGAUUAGGCUCUUGGGUAACGGAUCUGAUUCGACGUAUAGAUUUUAUACAGUACUGGUUGGAUUUAGCCAUGGAAGCUUCGCAAGUUAGGAAGAAGAAUAGUCUGAUUAGUGCAACUGUCUCUUCUGUCAGAUCUGAAAUUUCCAAAGCAGAUAUAAGUAGUAGCCAUUCCAGGCUUCCAUCGCGUGAUUCCAUUACCUCGACAAAGUACACAUUCGAUACUAGCUCCAAUUUUAAAGGGUAUCCUGAUUCAUUUUGGCUGCCGGCAUUCUUUUACCCUCAAGGAUUUUUGACUUCGGCACUGCAACAUUGUGCUCGUAUAUUGAAUUUACCCGUUGAUACCAUACAAUUUCAACAUAACAUCUUAGGAUAUGAGGAUACUUCGACCAUGUAUUCGGACUUUAAUUCGCAGCAGUUCGGCAGCAAUCAGGAUAUCUUGGAUGGUUUUAUUAUAUAUGGAUUACAUCUGGAUGGAGCUCACUGGGAUGAAGAUUUUUUAUCUUUACGUGAUCCCAAAAUAGAACAAAAGCAUAGUAUGAUGCCAUCCAUCACAUGCAAAGCUGUAGAGAUAUCUCGAAUUAAAGAAGAGAAAUCAGGUCGUUAUUUUUAUGAGUGUCCAGUAUACAUUACACCCUCAAGAGCUGGUAGCCUUUCCUCAACUGGAUUGUCGAAUAAUUUUGUUACUUCCAUAAAUUUACCAAGUGAUCACCCACCAGAGCAUUGGGUACUACGAGGUGUUGCGCUGCUAUGCCAACCUGAGGAUUAG